ACUACACAGUUUGCGUUUGACUGUUCACAAUGGCGAGAGAAGACUUUGCCUCCGGCUGCAAAGUUCCCGUUGCACCUCGAGCGUACGACGCGAUCCAAAAUGUUGACGUCGAUAGCUUGGCCGCCCUGCCGGAAUGGGAGCUACGGCCCCUGCUGCCAUGUCUCGUUCGCAUGGCGUUGUGUUCCCCCCUGGAUCAACGCAAGGAGUGGGGACAGAAAAAGAAAACUGUGCUUAAGAUACUGUCCGGCAUUGAGCUCGUCAAUUCGCUCGUGGCCCUGCUGUCUAUCGAUUUCCACGCCCUCGAACUUGACGUGAAGAAGGAGCAACAACUUCGACUGAAGCUUGGACCUCACUCAGGGGAUAGUAUAUUGGUAUCGUCGCUCCAAAAUUCCUUGGCACUCGAGUUCGAAAGGAGUGACGCUGCCAGGAAGUUGCGACUGGUGCUCAGCGAGCUUUUGGCUUUCAUUGCUCAAGUCAAGGAUAGCCGAAGUGAGCCAGGCACGAAGAAUUCGGACCUGUUCGAUAAUGAUGUCUACCUGGACGAAGUUGCAGAUGUAAUGUGCAUUGCUCAUGCAGAACUCCCGGGAAUUCUGCACAUUCAGGACAUUGCAGAAACGCUGAUUCACCUCCGGAAUGGGCCAGACCUCCUCUGUCGACUCAUAGCCAAUGCUCCGGACAGUUUCUCUGAGGUGUGCCUUGCCCUGAUCUCCAAUGGUGACAAGCAAGAUGAGGAUACUAUGGGUGGCUGUGUACGCAUGCAUGCUCUGCAUCUGCUCUGUAGGAUGAACCCAGCGCAGUCACUGGUGGUGCGGGCAAAAGCGGUGGAGCUGUGCCGAAUGCCUGGCCUGGCUGUCCUGCUGAGCUUGGAUCACUGCCACAGCACUGAGCAGAACGACGAGCUCAGUUCUGCUGGGGACUUGGUGGCCUUUGUGAGCGGCCUCUUGUUGGGCAGUGAUGACAAAGUUCGCACAUGGUUUGCCCAGUACGUGCGAAGUUGCCAGAAGAAAGGAGAAUCGGGAAAGGGCAGCACCCUGCAGGCCCUGCGGAAGGAGCUGCUGUCACGGCUGCAAGGUUUGCUCCUCUCCAGCCUCGAGCAGCACGACUUGCCCGACUGUAGGGUGGUGCAGGCCAAUGCCCUGCUGCGCCUCUUCUGCGCCCUCAGGGGCAUUGCCGCUCUCAAGUUCACAGAAGACGAGAUAGUGGUUUUGAUGCAGCUGCUGACGUCGCACCCUCCUCCGAGCGCAGCCGGCAUCCGGUUUGUGUCGCUCGGACUGUGCAUGCUGCUGGCCUGCCCGUCUCUAGUCUCCAGCCAGGAGCACGAGCGCCAGGCAACUCAGUGGAUACGCUGGCUCAUGAAGGAGGAGAGCUACUUUGGCAGGACGAGUGGUGUGAGUGCUUCCUUCGGGGAGAUGUUGCUGCUGAUAGCGAUCCACUUUCACAGCAACCAGCUCACGCCCAUAGCCGACCUGGUGUGCUCUACGCUGGGCAUGAAGAUACCCAUUCGACCCAACAGCCUGGCCAAGAUGAAGACCAUCUUUACCCAAGAACUCUUCACUGACCAGGUGGUUACGGCACAUGCGGUCAAAGUCGCAGUGACCCCAAACCUCAAUGCCAACACUGCAGGCUUCCUUCCAGUUCACUGCAUCUACCAGCUUCUCAAGAGCAGGGCAUUCACCAAGCACAAGGUGCGCAUCAAGGACUGGGUGUUCAAGCAGAUCUGUGCCAGCACGGCCCCCCUGCACCCGAUCCUUCCGGCGUUGGUUGAGGUGUACGUCAACUCUGUCAUCGUGCCCAGCUGCAAGAACUCGGCCCAGGAGAUGACCAACGAGCCACUGUCCGAGGAGGAGAUCGCUUCCAUGUUCGGCACUUCUCUUCAGGAUGGCAAAGCACCCAAUGGUGGGAAACCGGGUUCGGGUGCCCGAGAUGACAAUGGGGAUAUGACGGUACCUCAACUGCUCCUACUGUAUUACUUACUGCUGUAUGAGGACACCCGACUGAACAACAUGAAGGCCAUUGUGUCCUCUGGUCGCAAGGUGAAGCGAUACGGGGCUGAAUUGCUGUCCCAGCUGCCCAUCCGGUAUUUAGUGAUGCGGGCGCAGCGGGAGGAGCGCUAUGCGGGCCUCUUCCCACCACUGCUGCGCCUGCUAGCCUCGCACCAUCCGCACCUCUGCAUGGUGGACGACUGGCUCCGCGGCGAAAGUGCCGCUGCGGUCACCGCCCUGCCGCACCGUCGCUUUGGACCACGGUUGGGGCCAAGGGCACCGUGCACUGUGCCCAGCCUUGCACAAGCCUUCAGCCGCUUGCACAAGUGUCCCAUCGACCUGAUGUCACAGCUGGACCGGCUGAACACGAUGCCGCUGCCCCAGCUUUGGCCCUAUGCCCAGCCACUGGUCUCUAACCUACCUCUCCUCCUCGAGGAAGGAUGCCCAAGACAGGUGAUGGAGCGAGCAAAGCAGGUGUGGUGGCGGUUGAACGAAGUGUUCCCUCGCCGACUCUGGGUGCUGACUGCCAACGCUCUGAGGCUUCCCUGCCGCAUGCGACCUCUCACCUUGGACGACCUCGUCCUGGAUCCUCUGCAUGUCCUGCGAUGUGACACCCGCGUCUUCAGGUGUGCCCCGGUGCUGGAACUGGUGCUGCACAUGCUUCGUGCCCUUCUGGCCGCUUCACGCACGCACCUCAGCCACCACCAGCUGGAGCAUCCCAUCCUGUCGGCACAGGGAGGCACACAGCUUCCACCUCCCUCCGUGCUUCCUGCGUCUACAGUGGCGGGGGGAACGGCAGCGCCUCCGGGGCUCGACAAGGGCUGCUCAGAGGCGGAGAAGGACCGGGAAGAGCUGCGGCUGGCCCUGGUGGCUGCCCAGGAGAGCGCCGCCGUCCAGAUACUGCUGGAGUGCUGCCUGCCCACAGAUGCCGAGAAGAGUGCCAGCGAUGGCUUCCUGACGGACCUUCGGGAUGUGCGCACUCUCGUCUGCACACACCUGCACCAGAUGUUCAUCGCCGAUCCCAACUUGGUUCGACUGGUCCAUUUCCAGGGCUAUCCCAGUGAUCUCUUGCCCGUAUCAGUAUCACUCAUCCCAUCGAUGCACAUAUGUCUGGAUUUCAUACCAGAAUUGCUGAGCCAACCUCACUUGGAGAAACAGGUUUUUGCCAUUGAAUUGGCAUCCUACCUUUGCCUGCAGUAUUCCAUCGCCAAGUCGCUCAGCAUCGCUCGCUUGUGCAUCAACGUAACGCACACACUAUUAGGAGUGCUUCCGAGCUAUCAGCGGCCCCUGCUGUUUCUGCCCGCGCUGCCCGCCCUGGUACGCAUGUGCCAAGCCUUCCCUCCGCUGGCCGAGGACGUGGCAGUGCUGCUUCUACAGCUGGGCCGUGUCUGCCUUUCCCAGGAAUGCACCACUGCACCACCUCAGCUGGGUUUCUCGGCCAACCAGCUGGAGAAGUCCGCAGCCAACAUAGACGAGAAGGAGGUCCUUGAAGGUCGCGUUCCAAGCAAUAGUGCCCUCUGUGGUGCGAUCCAGAAGUCUUUUGCAGACUUGUGCGACAAUGCAGUGCUCAAUCGGACCAUCUACUAGACCGACUACAGUGGCCAAACCGUGUGGUCGCUGGAAUUGCCAAUGUGCCUCCUGCUUUGUACAGGCCCGAUAGGCGCAUUCAUUCAACUUGCCGAACUGGUUGCCCACAUCGCAUACGUUGUUGAGGGACAUGUGCCUCAGAAUCUAGGCAUUUCCCGUAAUAGUAGUACCCACCCAAGGCCAAGGUGUUCAAUUUUUUUUUAUGGGUAUAUGGGGCAUAUAAUAUUUACUCACAUGGAUCGCAUCACUAACGACAUCACAUUCUUCAUGCAUCUAUUGUAAAUAGGUCUCCAAUUUGUGUAGGUAAGAGCCCAUGGAGUAAACUUUUUUUUUUUUUACUUUGUAGAUUCACGUUUCCUGAUGCAGUUCUUGUCCGGUGUAAGUCAUCAAGUCUCCUUGUUUAUUGCGCUUGCCAUGUUGCCUAAUUUAUACCAUUAAAAGUUGAAGAAAGAAAUGGAGUGUUCACUGUGUUGAAUUUCUAGCAGCACAUUUUGUAAAGGUUCAUUGUGGCUAACUUUUGGCACGUGUCUUCAUCGCCUCAACAUUUCUUUAGAACCUUUGUUAUCUGAAUAAGCUGCCAGCAAUUGUGGUUGCACUGUUAUUAAAUUUUGCUGCAGUUGCGUGCAAGAACCCCUUGUACCCCCGUUCCACUGACCGUUUUUGCGGCUGCGCUUCUCAUAAUUUGAUGGUCUGCACAAUGGUGUCAUCCCUCGUGUUAGACGCAGUGGGUCUGGCACCACAUGUGAACAUUCCUUUUGUUUGUGUUCUGCACGCUACAGUAUCCCCGAAUAUUGCCUGCACAAUGACAUUGUUGCCUUUUUAAGAAGUGCCUGUUUAAGAAGGCUGUGUUUUCUGGCGCUACUGUUGCGUCUCAAAAACUCCAUUGACGGAUGUCUUGCCUCCGUGCGACCAGCAAAGCAGAUUGGUUGGAGAUUAUACGAGCCAAAAUCUUAUUAUCCGGCUACGCAGGCCUGAAAGCUUACUGAGCUGGAGUUAACCUGUUUUGAACUGCACCUCAUUGAAAGUCUCGUCCCGGCCAAACACUAUCCGCGCCGUGCCGGACGCUGCCAGCAUGGUCACGCUGCGUGGCGCCAUCUCACGAAGGAGGCGGCGCAAAACCCACGCCGCGAAACUCGCGGACAAGGGUGCAGGCAAUCGUUUCGGCACCUAAAUAUGACAGUCGAAAAAUAAAAUUGCAGCAUACUAGAACAUACACGUUCACUGAUAUUGUGAGCAAACACUAGGUACUCGAAAGCAAUGUAAUGGCGCUAACUUCUAACGACAUUAUGUUCCUCGAUCGGCGACUUCCGGCCCGCUUCUUGG